UUCUAAAAGACAAGACACAAGUUUCAGAGCUCGGCAGGUCGAAGUUGUUGACACAUCAACCGAAGAAAUAACAGUGGAUUCAUUACUGACUCCAAGUUCUCAUGACCGAAUCAUCCAGAAACUUCAGCAGAUGCAACUCGAUGCAAGCAAAGUCAAGAGCAGAACGGAUCUAUUACUGGGGCUGAGGAAAAUUGCAUUAGACAGGGGCUUCAGAAUAUCUGACAAUGAAGGAUUAGGAAAUUGCAUGUUCUAUGCCUUGUCCGAACAACUGGAAAUUGUUAAGGGAAUCAAAAUCUCACAUGGCGAAUUAAGACAAAACUUGGUUCAGUACCUCAGGAGAUACCCAAAACUUCCGGAUGGAACAGAUCUGUUUCACUUUGUCCAUGGACAUCAAACAUGGACUGAGUACCUUGUACACAUGGAACAAGAUGGCGCUUGGGGUGAUCACGUGAUUCUGUGUGCCGCAGCAAACUACUUUGAAACGUGCAUUCGUGUGGUCAGCAGUCUAUCCCAUAGCAAUGAUGUAAUCAUUACGCCACAUUGUCCAGUUAACGAAAGCAAACCUCUUGUACUGGGACACAUUCAUGAGGUGCACUAUGUCAGCCUUCGACCCGUGCAAGGUUAAAAUGGCAAGCCCCAGCAAGAGUCCGGCCUUGCAGAAUGGUUCUCUAGGCAUACAGACUAUUGAUGCAAAUUGGCCAACUUGAGCUUUCUUCAGCCUAAUUUAUCCAAUGUGAACUGUGAACUCUUAGAUUUAAUUAGAGGUUCUAUAAUAUUAGUUUUCCAAUGUAUCGCAUGAAAAGGAAAACAAUCCAAAUGACAAAGGAUGUAAAGAAAAGACAUCACACUGUGAAAAGUUAUCGUAACUAUACAAAAGUGUACAUGUCUACGGGGAAGAAAACACCAAUGAGAAACUUUAUUUAGGGGGCUCGAAACAUGAACUGAACUCAGUUACUCUUAAUUUUAAUGUACUAACAAAAGCAUUUAUUGCUACGUACAAUCUGUAUAUACAACUGAAUGAAAACUCUGUACAAUUGCUGAACUAGCAAGUUGUUUAAUGUAUUCUUCAUAUAUCAAUAUUUUUAAAACGUAAAUGAAGUAAUUCUUAUACAAUGAAAAAAUGCCACAUUUGAUCACGGUAAAAAUCACACUGUACGAUCAGAAUGUUGCUUUAGGUUCUACAGCACCAUGAUCUCAGCAAUGCAUGGAAUAAUCAGCGCUUACAGUAAUAUAACUUUCCCCAAAUUUACAAGGCAAUCGAUAAUUAGGGGUAUCGAAUGGUCUUAGCGAGCAUGCGAGCAGUUUGUUUAUUUUUGCGGGCUCGAGCAGCUGUCAAAUUUUUCUCGCGAGCAGCGAGCACUUUAGAAAAUACAGAUGGCGAGCAACGAGCGCUUUAGAAAAAUACAGAUCGUGAGCAGCGAGCACUUCGAGUACAGUAUUGACUAUUUGUAAUCUAGUGGAGUGAAUCUGUUAUUAAAAUAAAUCAAAGAGAACAAAUGAACGAAAUAAUAGCGAAACACGUUUGUUUUGAAACUUUGUAAAUUUCCUAGCCGUCCCAUACAGAACUAAAAUGUUAAACACCGAC